AUGGACCACGACCAAGGCUCCGGACCGGGCACCCCGGACGAAGAAUGCGACAGCGGCCCGGCUUCGGGCGGCUCCAUCGACUCUAGAGACGACACGGCUGGUCGUGACCGUCCGAACUGGGGAUUCGAUCCCGCAGCCUCCUCCCAACACGCCGCAGAUUUGUCACCGUCCCUGUCACAGCCAAUGUCUUCGCAGCAGCCGGCAGACUUGCCACAGUCACCGCGGCGCUUGCCCUCUCUUCGCACCGUCUCCGACCCGCAGACCAGCACUGUCGGCUACAUGAGUUCGACCUCGACCGUUAGUGGAACUCUCAACAAUGCUCGACGCCCUCCUCCGUCUGCCGGGAACCUGCCACAGGACUUGAUGCAGAAGGCCCGCGCCCUGCAACAGAAGCGCAUGGCUAUGUCACCGCACUCUCCAGGUGGCGCUAGUGGCCCACUCUCGGACGCUUCGCAUGCCAGCCUUGGGGGUGCUCUGGCCGGCGGCAUCGCUAGCAACAUGCGCCUGCCCGCCCAUCUUAAUAGGAACAUGGGGCUUGGCGGCAUAGUUCGGCCAGGGCCGCCUGGAUUUCACCAGUCAGCUCCCAGUGUGCCGAGCGCAUCCGGCCGGAGAGGUGGGCCGAGUCUUAGUGAGCGCCGAGCUAUGAAACUGGGACCAUUACCCGGUGGUCCCGGCGGCGCGUCAUCCCAAGGGCCACCAAAGCUGUCGGACAUGGACGGUGGUGGCAGCGGCCCUGGUCGCGCCGGUCUGAACGGCGGCCGCAACAGCUCGCGCAUAAGCGACUUCAAGCACUACAUCGACGCCGAGAAAGGCUGGAUCACCUUUGAGGGUGCGGCCACCAUCACGCGGACCGGCGUCAACUUUGCCGGAGGCCACACUUUUAAGAUAUCACUGGACGAGAUCCAGGUGCUCGAAGAGCUGGGCAAGGGCAACUACGGCACCGUUUAUAAAGCACGUCAUGCAAAGCCUGCAAAGCCGCGCUUUGGGCCAGGCCUUAGCGGCUUCAAGCAGCCACACAUCCCUCCGUCCAGCGUCUCUUCCAUUUCCCCGCCCACCGCUUCACCACAGCAGUCACUAGCCGGCUCGGCGAACAGCCCGGCGAUAGGCGAAGGAUCGGCCAGCGCCGACUCAGCCAGCCGGGGACCCGCUGCCGAUGCUACGACAGGCAAGGUGAUGGCCAUGAAAGAGAUACGCCUGGAGCUGGACGAGGCCAAAUUUACCACUAUCCUCAAGGAGCUGGUUAUCUUGCACGAAUGUGUGUCGCCGUACAUUAUCGACUUUUACGGUGCCUUUUACCAAGAGGGUGCUGUAUAUAUGUGCAUCGAGUACAUGGACGGCGGCUCCAUUGACAAGCUCUACGCCGGCGGUAUACCCGAGCCAGUUCUGCGCAAGAUCACAUACUCGACCGUGAUAGGCCUCAAGUCGCUUAAAGACGAGCACAACAUCAUUCACCGCGACGUCAAGCCGACAAACAUCCUAGUGAACACGCGUGGCCAGGUCAAGAUUUGCGACUUUGGCGUCAGCGGCAACCUAGUCUCGUCUAUAGCAAAGACUAACAUCGGCUGCCAGAGUUACAUGGCACCCGAGCGAAUCUCUGGCGGCAGCUUGGCCUCAGGCGGAGCAAAUGCGCAGGGCACCUACAGCGUCCAAUCCGACAUCUGGAGUCUCGGCCUGACAAUUAUCGAAUGUGCCAUGGGCCGCUAUCCAUAUCCACCCGAGGUGUCCUCUACCAUCUUUAGCCAGCUAAGCGCUAUCGUUAAUGGCGAGCCGCCAGUGAUGCCCGACAAUUACUCAAGCACGGCCCAUGAUUUUGUGCGGUCGUGCCUCAACAAGAAUCCGCUGAAACGGCAUACAUACUCGAUGCUUCUCAAGCACCCCUGGCUUAAGUCGCUGGCCAAAGAUGAGACCAUCGAGGAGGUAGAAAACGAGGAUUCUACUAGCACCGGCUCGGAUUCGGACGACGUGGUCCAAAAGAUGGAAUCUGUCGAUCUGUCCACAGAAGGCUCUGAAGAUGUAUCAGAUCCCCCUCCCGUCGCAGGCGACGAGGAGGUUGCAGCCUGGGCUGUCGAAGUGCUCGAGAAGAAAAAGAGUGGAAGUCUGGGGACGGCCGGUGAGACGGCCAAGCCCGCCUUGCACACUGCUCCCCUGGCGCCUUGA